AUGGCGUCUGUGAUUCAAAGGUUGACACAAAAUCAAUCCUGUUUUAACAUCUUGAGCGUUGGAAGUGGAACAGGAGAGGUGGACAUGGAAAUCUUGAAGGUUAUGAAAGAGGAGCUACAACGAACACAGGGUUGCGACCUUUACAAAUCUGCUGUUAAAAGGGUCAACGACCAACAGAUUGAUUUCGAUGUUCGCUGUCAAACCUUUCAAGAGUAUAAAGAGCGAGGACCUGAGAAACCAGAAGAAUGCAACAAGUUUGACGUCAUCCACUUCAUGCACAGUAUUUACUACGUGGACAUCGAAGAGGCUUUAAGUCACUGCAUUGAGAACGAGCUCCAUACAAACGGCAGUUUACUUUGCAUGGUGGAGGGGCCGGACUUCAUCUCCUGGGUUCUAGAUAAGCAACGCUUUCCUGACUGGUAUGCAAAACCGGGUGAUUCGGUUCCCGACAGCUUCAAAACUGUGGAGAAAUUAUUUAAGUUUCUUGGGGAAGCUGGAUGGAGAUAUGAAGUCUUCAACCAAGAAUCUCCGAUUGAUGUUACUGAUGUCUUUGAUCCAGAAUCGACUGAAGGAAAUCUGCUUCUUGACUUCCUGACACACAGUAAGAAUUUUCGUCACACCGCAGAUGAACAGUUGGUGAAAGAAACACUGGCGCUGAUUAAGGAGCUCUCAGCCAUUAAAGAUGAAAGGCGUUUUGGAAAACUGACUGAAUAUCUUAUUUUUAUCUAUAAGUAAACGUUCUGACUGAUUUAGUAGUAGACCUAUUUUGACCCUUUUGCGGACCUGUGAAGCUGUAGUGAAGAUAACCCGCAUUGUAGGUGUACCCGCCUUGAAGGACCAAUUGGCCUUGAAGACAAUUUGGAAAAAGAUGGAAUUUCUUAUCCUUAUCUCAGGGAUAAAUAACGUUUUGAUAGACUGGUAGUCCUCUCAUUUUUUAGCUGGGAACUUCCCCAAAUGAUGACAGGAAAAGCUAAUACACAAUAAUGCAAUGUUUGGACACCAUGUACACAUGUACACAUGUACACAUGUAACCAUUUCGACAGGUUUCCUAGUUAGUUUGAGUUCGAUGAAGGUCUUGCUUAUUUGAUUAUUAUCUUGAGGUCACAAAAGCAUGAACUAAUGUCUGAAGGCAUUCCUUAGACAAAAAAUUAGAAAUUUGACGGAUAUUAUUGCCCCCCCCCCCCCCAUCGGGGAUUUCGCCGAGGAGGCAUCCUAGUAGCUCGCGCGUAUACGUAGAAAAGUACUGACAGUUGAAAGAUGCAAGCAGUAUACCAGAAAGAAUCUCGAUUUGAUUGAUCAGAGGCCGCAUGGAAUAGUUGGUCAAUGAUGGCGUUUCUACUGUUCACGUCCGCAAGUAAGAGAUGGUUAGGAUGACGUAAAACAGAAAAUCCCUGAAGGGACCACUUAAAUAGGUUUUCUGACAUUUAUUGCACAGUCAUACUUCAAUACUCUUUUACGUUUGUUUUGAAAGUUAUGGAUCAAAAGACACUCGUUAAACUCGGAUGAAGACAUAAGGUGCGUAUAACAGUAUAUAUACAUGUGUAAACACUUGGAUAGUUUGCCAGACAUGAGUUUAUCAUUCACAAAUCUGUGAUUGGAAACAAUAUGCCAGACACUCUUUCUCUCUCUUUGGGGGAAUAAGACUCAGCCGACAAACAAACAAGACGAGUGAAUCAACGCCUAGAUUAUCACUAGCAGAACGAUGGGCAAUUACAGAAAUUCGCUGAUAAUUACAUUCUGUGCUGACGUGUUCCCUGCUCACAGACGUCCUUCUAUGAAGUUUUUAAAAGUAUUGUCUUAAUAGUUAAAAAGACAAUAGAAUGCCCGAGCGUGAUUGAUCAAAGCUUUGAAUUUCUAUGGCUCACUUUGCGGCUAAAAACUCCAACCUCUAAUCAAAUCUUUUCUUAUGGCUUAGAAUAAAGUAUUCUCGAAACUGAGAAUGUUUUGAUCAAAACUGUGUAAGUCGAACUGAGUCAGUGCAUGGAACCUUGCGUUUCCUGUUUUAAUCUCGCCUAUUGUAACAGUAUGGAAUAUGUGACAGCGACGCGAACGACUUCGUAAGCGCUAAGAGCCAUGCAAGAGAGAACCUCUGCUCGCAGGAUAUCUUUUUCCGACUUCCGACUUUCGACUUCCGAAUUCCCCCCCUCCUCUUGCGCCCCUGGCGUUUUUCUCGCGCCUAAAACUUCCUUUCCCUUCCCUUUCAAACGCCCACCACGCAGGCCAGAAGAGGCCCUUAGACGUGGAGUUUUGGACAUUGUUACUAAGUAGUUGGCUGCGUGACUUGUUAAAGGGGAGGAAAUGGCGUCGUUUCUUAAAACGGGAGGGCAUUACUACAAGAGUUUAGAUGUAUUGAAGAAAAAAAGUGAUCAAUUCAUACAAAACAUCGGUACAUUACGAAAUCACAUGGUGUCUGCGAUUCAAAGGUUACCACAACAUCGAUCCUGUUUUAACAUAUUGAGCGUUGGAAGUGGAACAGGGAAAGAGGACAUGGAAAUUUUGAAGAUUGUGAAAGAAGAGCUAGAGCGAACACAGGGCCGCGACCAAACUAUGAUUUAUAACUAA